GUCUGCCCGGACCGCCGCUCGGACCCUUGGAGGUGUCGAACAUCGACAAGCACACCUGCACCCUGCACUGGCGGCCGCCCGCGUACGACGGAGGCCAGCGCGUCACCCACUACCAGGUGGAGCGCAAGGACGUCAACACGUCGCACUGGAUAAUCGUGAGCAGCUACUGCCGCGACACCACCUUCCAGUGCCAGGGCCUGAUCGAGGGCAACUCGUACCUCUUCCGGGUCAUGGCCGUCAACGAGAACGGCGCCGGGCCGCCGCUCGAGGGAACCAACCCCAUCAAGGCGCGAGCGCCGUUCGACCCUCCGUCACCACCGGGCAUCCCCAAGGUGACCGAGGUCGGCGGCGACUUCGUCAACCUGGAGUGGGAGCGACCGGACAGCGACGGCGGCGCCCGCAUCCAGGGCUACUGGAUCGACAAGCGCGAGGUGGGCGGGUCCGCGUGGGUGCGCGUCAACCCGAUCAUUUGCCAGCCGACGCAGAUCAACAUCAGCAACCUCAUCGAGGACCGGCAGUACGAGUUCCGCGUGUUCGCCCAGAACGAGGCAGGCCUCAGCGAACCGUCGAGCAACUCGAGCUCGAUCCGCAUCAAGGACCCGAAGGGACCCACGCCGCCCGAGAUCGUCAAGCCGCUCAAGAACGCCAACUGCAUCCAGAACCACAACGCGCAGUUCCAGUGCACCAUCACGGGCCACCCCAAGCCCAAGAUCACGUGGUACAAGGGCGCUCGCGAGAUCACGAGCGGCUCUCGCCACCACAUCUACAGCGAGGGCGACGUGCACACGCUCAUCAUCAACGACGUGUACGGCGAGGAUGAGGACGAGUACGUGUGCCGCGCCGUCAACAAGGCGGGCGUCAAGUCGACGCGCGCCGACCUGGUCAUCAACAGCGCGCCCAAGAUCAACGUGCCGCCGCGCUUCCGCGACACGGCCUUCUUCGACAAGGGCGAGAACGUGGACAUCAAGAUCCCCUUCACGGGCCACCCCAAGCCCAGGAUCACGUGGUCGCGCGAGGGCGAGACGAUCGAGUCCGGCGGCCACUUCCACGUCGAGGUCAAGGAGCGCCACGCCGUGCUCACGAUCCGCGACGUCAGCAAGAUCGACAACGGGCCGUACACCAUCACCGCCGUCAACGACAUGGGCUCAGACACCGCCAUCAUCAAGGUCCAGAUCAGCGAUCGUCCCGAUCCGCCGUCAUUCCUGACGGUCGACAAGAUCGGCCACGACUCGCUGGCCUUGCAGUGGAACGCGCCCGCCUGGGACGGUGGCUCCAACAUCACCAACUACUUGGUGGAGAAGCGAGAGCACCCGAUGAGCAGCUGGAUCCGCAUCGGCAGCACCCGGUUCACCGGCAUGGCCGUGACCGGCCUGGUCCCCGGCAAGGAGUACGAGUUCCGCGUGUACGCCGAGAACGUGUACGGCCGCAGCGACCCGAGCCCCGUGUCCGGCGUGAUCAAGACCAAGGAGCUGCCCAAGAAGGCGCCCAAGAAGCCCAAGUACGAGCUGGACGAGAACGGCAAGAAGAUCCGCGGCCGCAGCGAGGGCAAGGUGACCGACUACGACAAGUACGUGUUCGACGUGUACUCCAAGUACGUGCCGCAGCCCGUCGACAUCAAGACCAACAGCGUGUACGACGAGUACGACAUCCUGGAGGAGAUCGGCACCGGCGCGUUCGGUGUGGUGCACCGCUGUCGCGAGCGCAAGACCGGCAACAUCUUCGCGGCCAAGUUCAUCCCCGUCACGCACGCUAUGGAGAAGGAACUGAUCCGCAAGGAGAUCGACAUCAUGAACCAGCUGCACCACAACAAGCUCAUCAACUUGCACGACGCGUUCGAGGAUGACGACGAGAUGGUGCUCAUCUUCGAAUUCUUGUCGGGUGGUGAGCUGUUCGAGCGCAUCACGGCAGAGGGCUACAGCAUGUCGGAGGCUGAGGUUAUCAACUACAUGAGACAGAUUUGCGAAGCGGUCAAACACAUGCACGAGAAGAAUAUCAUUCACUUGGAUAUCAAGCCCGAGAACAUCAUGUGCCAGACCCGCACCGGUACCAACGUCAAGCUCAUCGACUUCGGCCUGGCCACCAAGCUGGAUCCCAACGAGGUGGUCAAGAUCUCGACUGGCACUGCGGAGUUCGCAGCGCCGGAGAUCGUCGAGAGGGAACCGGUCGGCUUCUACACGGACAUGUGGGCUGUUGGUGUUUUGGGAUACGUUUUACUAAGUGGACUGUCACCGUUCGCCGGGGAGAACGACAUCGAGACCCUGAAGAACGUCAAGGCUUGCGACUGGGACUUCGACACGGAUGCAUUCGCCAACGUGUCGGAUGAGGGCAAAGACUUUAUCAAGAGACUGCUUGUCAAGAUCAAGGAAAAACGCAUGACGGCCCACGAGUGCCUGGAGCACCCCUGGCUCAAGGGCGACCACAGCGACCGCACCAAGGAGAUUCCCGCGUCUCGCUACACCAAGAUCCGCGACAAGAUCCGCUCCAAGUACAGCAACUGGGACUCAUUCCUCCUGCCCAUCGGCAGGCUGUCCGAGUACAGCUCCCUGCGCAAGAUGCUCCUCGACAAGUACAAGAUCUCAGACACCUCGUUCGACCGGCGGCAAGCGGCGCCGCGGUUCGUCAUCAAGCCCCAGAGCGCGUUCGCGUACGAGGGCCAGAGCGUGAAGUUCACGUGCCGCGUGAUCGCCAUCGCCGCGCCCACGCUGUCGUGGUACCACCAGAACGAGGAGCUCAAGCAGAGCGUCAAGUACAUGAAGCGGUACGCCGGCGAGGACUACACCUUCGUCAUCAACCGGUGCAAGCUGGACGACCGCGGCGAGUACAUCAUCCGCGCCGAGAACCACUACGGCUCUCGGGAGGAGGUCGUCUUCCUCAACGUCCAGCCCUUGCCCAAGGUGGUGCCCGAGUACAAGCCCGAGGCCGCGCCGAUCCGCAGACGCGAGCCGGCGCCCAUGUACUGGGUGGAGGAGAAGGAGAGCGCGCCCAGCUUCACCUUCCUGCUCCGGCCGCGUGUCAUGCAGAGCAGAGACACGUGCAAGCUGCUGUGCUGUGUCAGCGGCAAGCCGCCGCCGACGGUCAAGUGGUUUAAGGAGAAGAGGGAGCUGUCCAAGUACGAGUACACCAUGUCGCACUCGGACGGUGUGGUCAGCAUGGAGAUCGUAGACUGCAAGCCCUCCGACUCCGGCAAGUACCGCUGCGUCGCCACCAACAAGCACGGCACGGAUGAGACCUCCUGCGUCGUGAUUGUCGAGAGCCCCACGACCAGCAACCCCGAGAACGAGGCCAUGGCCAAAAACAUUCUGCACUCCGGCGAGAGAAGGUUCAUCGAACAACCCCUCAGACCGGCGCCCAUGGAGGUGACAAUCCGAACCAACAUCCAGGGCGACACGGUCACCACACAGACCACCUCGCACAACCCCUCAUCAAUCGGAAACACAACGAUUGGUGCAAAUAAGGACCACACUGAAACUACAACAGACAAGAGGGUCAUUAAGAAAUACGGCUCUAAACUAGAUACUACUGGUAGUCCUUCAAGGUCGCGAAGCGCCACAAAAGAACUGAUCCUGCCCCCAGAUGAUUCCCUGAUGUGCCCGCCCAGCUUCACAACAAAGCUCCAGGACAGGACCGUCAACGACGGGGAGCCCCUGUCGCUCAACUGCGCCAUCAAGGGCGACCCUGACCCGCAGGUGUCGUGGUUGAAGAACGGACAGCCCCUCGCCUCCUCGGACUCCAUCGACCUCAAGUACAAGGGCGGCAUCGCCACUCUCGCCAUCAACGAGGUCUUCCCCGAGGACGAGGGCUCCUACACCUGCAAGGCAACAAACACCAUGGGCACCGCGGAAACCACCUGCAAACUGUCAGUGAAACCCAUGACGCCUGGUAGCAAGCAAGGGUCCAAGUCGGACGACAAGGCCCCCCACAUCGUGGACCACCUAUCCUCACAGUUUGUGGAGGACGGCAAGCCCGUCGUCCUGACGUGCAGGAUCAUCGGCGCCAAGAAGUUCGACGUAGUCUGGCUACACAACAACAAGGAGAUCAAGCCGUCCAAGGACUUUGAGUACACCAACGAGGCCAACAUCUACAAGCUCAACAUUGCCGAGAUCUUCCCCGAAGACUCUGGUACUUACACCUGCGAGGCAUUCAACGACCAGGGCGAGUCGUUCAGUAGUUGCACGCUCACCGUGGUGGUGCCAAACGAGGAGAAGAAGAGCCCUGUGUUCAAAACAUUCCCGCGGUCCACGACAGUGACAGAGGGAGAGGCUGCCACGUUCACCUGUGACUUCGAGAAGAAGCCAGAGAAAGUAACGUGGCUGAAGGACGGCAACCCAGUAGACGAAGCUAGCCCCUUGUACACAUUCGAGUACGAUGGCAAGAAGAAAUACAAGUUCUCCAUCAAGAAGUGCUCGAGCACCGACGUCGGCCAGUACGUCGCCAAGGCAUCGGGCAAGAAGGGAGAGACCAUGGCCGCCUUCGCCCUCAAUGUAGCCGCUCCUGGUGAACUAUGAACCAACGUGUCCAACUGGGAGGAUACAAUUUAAAAUAAUUUGACUACGGGCAAACAACACGCCAGCUACGAGUGAAGUGGACUGAAUGGAAUGGACUGUAGUUCUAUAUGUGUGUGUGUACGUGUGUAUGUGUGUACAUAA